UACAGCCCAAUUUACAGGGAAUACCGGAUUAAAAAGUGGAUUUAAACAGAUUAAUACUCGCUUGCGUUUAUAAAAGCAUUUGACUAAGAGGGGCUCUCUCUCUCUCUCUCACCAACCCCCCCUGAGUCCGUGCAGAGAGGAAGCUGGCAGGUGUUCAGUGGAGGGAGACGCAUCGCCUCACACGCGCUCCAGCUCCCCAGGCUCCAACAGGGUGCCGAGACGGUGGAGAACCGGACAAUAAAAACUUGCCUUAUAAUAGGAAGGAAACUCCCGUGAGCACGAACGGACAAAACAGAGGAAAAGCACGUUUUAAAAGCGUACGUAAACUACUUUUUCUAUUCAGACUUUUUCUUGGAGACCGCGGAGGACCGUGGACGAGCACCGACACACUCGCUGUGUCGCAGCCGCAGCAGUGAGAGUGUCUUGCGGCUGUUUUCUCCUCUUCAGACCCGCUACUUUUUAUUUUUAUUAUUUUUUUUUACAGAGCUACCCUUCAGUCGCUUUGUUCAAAGCGUAGGUUAAAGUGAAACUUGUAAUGUUUUAGUUAACCUGUUGUGUCUUUUCCCCCCUCCCCUCUCCGCGCAAGACGCUUCGCAUCGCGGGCGCGAGAAGCAGAGGGAGGAAGGAGUCUCCCUCUCUUUUCCUUUCGCUGCAAGAGUGGAAAUAUUUUUUUUGGACUCACCAACAUCACUUGAUGUUAAAGUUAAACUACAAAUCUCUAAGUUGUGGCCAUAAAGCAGAGACUGCGGCUGGAUACUCGGGAGCGCCAUUUCCAAUUAGUUCGCCCAUCAAAUCAAGGGGUGUUCGCAAAAAUCAAUUAGCGGAUUGAUUUUUGUAGAGUACAGAGGGGGGGAGGAGGGUAGUUGGAUAGUUUCCAUGUUUUAUCACUCUGGUAAUACCACCGCUGUCUAAACAGCUAAAUGAUCCCUGGUGAAGACAUCAAAACAAGCUCGGAUUUGAGGCUGACAGGGGAAUAAGCGGAUAGACACACUCAAAUGUAUUAAUUUUUGUUUGAUCUAAAUGAGAAUGAGGCAUCACGGGAAAGCCUGUCGUUUUCCUGCUGCUUCCCUUUCCCCCUCUGCUCCUCAUCGCCUGCCGAGUUUUGGACGUCGGAGCUGGGCGGAAGCUUGCUGAAGCACCGCUGAACUCUUGGAUCCUCCUCAUCAGUGACCAACAACAAAAUAAAGAAAGAAAKAAAUAAAACAGAAGCGUCUUCCUUCUCCCCCCGGUCUUGAUUUCUCCUCAUUCCUGCACAGGGACGCAGGGGCUGUUGCAGAGGGAGGAGGAAACUGCAGGUUUUAUACUCUAAUCCCCAGCCUUCUGGCACGGGAUGAAGCCGGGAAGUAGCCGUGAGGGAUCCGGGGAGGUUCUGGAGGGAUCGGUGGUGGCACGGAGCCCGCAGAUGAUGAUGAUGAUGAUGAUAAGGAGGAGAGUCGGGACCAGCAGGACCGGGACGGGUCGGUAUCUGCCUCUCUGUAYCCUGCUCCUCCUCUGCAGCAGCUGCCACAUGUUGCAUGGUCAAGAAGUGGCUCCCUACUUGCAAGGAGGUGGACGGGGGCAGCAGGUGGUGUUGGAGGGAAACAGACUGGUACUGACCUGCCUGGCUGGAGGCAGCUGGCCCCUGCAGUACCGCUGGACCCUCAACAGCAGUAACAUCACUGACUGGACACCGCAGUACAGAUUGUCUAUACCAACACUGAAGAGAAGUGAUGCUGGACUGUACCAGUGCACAGUGAGAAACAGGAUGGGAGCGCUGAUACACAGGAGAACAGAAGUGCACGUGGCCUUUUUGGGAAGUUUCUCAGCUGAAGAGCAGAGGAAGACAGUGACUCAAGGUCGAGCAGCCAUCAUCAGCCCACCUCCUCUCGUGUCUUACCCUCAGCCCCUGGUCACGUGGUACAAAGACGGACACAAGAUAAUUCCCAACAACAGAAUAGCAAUCACUUUGGACAAUCAGCUGGUUGUUCUGGCAACCAGCGCUGCAGAUGCAGGACGUUACCGUGUGGAGGCGGUGAACGAGAUGACAGGGGAGAAUGUGACAAGCCCCGCUGUCUACCUGAGCGUGUCAGUUGGCAAGACAAAACAUGGGUCAAGAGAUUCUGAGUCGGAGCUUGUGGCUCCAGCAAUUGUGAUCGCACCUCGAAACACAACAGUAGUGGUGGGGACCGAGGCUACAWUGGAGUGUGUCGCUAAUGCCAGACCGGUUGAUGACCUUGAGGUGUCAUGGAAGCGUGAUGGGCGUCGGCUGGCAACUGGGCGUCGGCUCACCAUUCCCGCCCCCGCCUCCUCUGACGCGGGGUUGUAUAUUUGUGAAGCGUCACUUAGCAACAAUACUGCCAAACCCGUGGAGGCGAGGGCACAUCUGAGUGUAAUGGAACCACCUUCCCUGACUGUUCGACCCAAAAAGAAAGUCUUUGCUGAUCUUGACAGGAAUGUUGAAAUCCCAUGCCAGGCUGCAGGCGUGCCACAGCCCAGGAUUGAAUGGUAUAGGAAUGCGGUGCCACUCUCCAAGCUGUCCAACCCUCGUUACAAGGUCAACGCAGCCACGGGGCUGACGGUGCGCCGGGUGCAGCCAGGAGAUGGAGGAAUCUUCCAGUGCUUCGCUCGCAGCUCUGCUGGAGAGACUCAAGCUCACACAGAACUUCUUGUUUCCAGUGUGGGCCCUACAUUAUCAUCCCCUCCCUUGGACCAAACAGUAACGGAUGGUGACRCCGCAGUGUUUACCUGUCAGAACAKUGGAGCUCCGAAACCUGCCAUUACCUGGAGGAAAGGAGCGCAGGUCAUAGCCAGCGGCUCUGUCCAGAUUCCAAGGUUCGCGCUGCUGCAAUCUGGUGGUCUGCAGAUUCAGCCAGUCARUUUCCAGGAUUCAGGAGAAUUCACCUGCAUCGCCUCCAACUCUGAGGGAACCGUCAAUGCCACGGCUACACUCACCGUGUGGAGCCGCACAGUUAUUUCUGUACCUCCAGCCGACCAGCGCGUUAUCAAAGGAACCACAGCAGUUCUGAAGUGUGAUGCUACACAUGACCCCAGGAUUAAUAUCAGCUUCAUGUGGGAUCGUGGCGGCAUUCCUGUUAAACCGAGCAGCGGCGGCCGUGUUUCCGUUCGACAAGGUUCGCUUACGAUCAGCCAGACGUGGUCCGGGGACAUCGGGGACUACACCUGCACUGUGACAUCGAAAGCUGGCAACGAUUCCCGCUCUGCACGCCUCGAAAUCAUUGAGCUGCCACAUUCCCCUCGCUCCCUAAUGGCUCGCCUCAAUGACUCCGACUCCCACUCCGUCCACCUGUCCUGGCUCCGCCCCUUCGAUGGGAACUCCCCUCUUCUGUACUACGUGUUGGAGCUUUCUGAGAACAACUCUCCAUGGAAGGUCUACCUGCCCGAGGUUGAUCCUUCUGUGACCGAGGUGUCGGUGGGUGGGCUCACGCCUGCCAGGACCUACCAGUUCAGACUCUGUGCUGUCAAUCAAGUGGGCAGGGGUCAGUACAGCACUGAAACGCAGAGAAUGAUGCUUCGAGAGGAGGCACCYAGCGCUCCCCCCAAUAAUAUUGUGGCUAGCGGUCGCACAAACCAGUCCAUCAUGGUCCAGUGGCAGCCCCCUCCAGAAUCAGAGCUUAACGGCGUCCUACGGGGAUACGUGCUGAGGUACCGUCUGGCAGGGUUGCCRGGGGACUACCAGGAGAAGAAUAUCAGCAGCCCAGAGACUAACUACUGUCUGCUGAAAGACCUCAUCAUCUGGACUCAGUACCAGAUCCAGGUGGCUGCCUUCACAGGGGCCGGCCUGGGUGUUUACAGCAGCCCYGUCACCGAGUACACUCUGCAGGGAGUUCCCACAGCCCCUCCGCAGGAAGUGGAAGUUGUUGCUGUUAAUUCAACCACCAUCCGCUUCACGUGGAACCCUCCACCACAGCAGUUUAUUAACGGCAUCAACCAGGGAUACAAGCUGCUGGUCUGGCCCGAGCAGUUUCCAGAGGACAUUAAUGUGGUAACCAUCACUCCGGACUACCCCAGCUCACGACACACGGGAUUAGUGGGCAGGCUCAAGAAGUUCACCUGGUACUAUGGCUCCACCCUGUGCUUCACCACACCUGGAGAUGGGCCACGCAGCCCACCCAUCCUGCUGCAGACACACGAGGACACGCCUGGACCCGUUCGCCAGCUGAGCUUCACUGAAAUCUUGGACACGUCACUUCGAGUCAGCUGGGCCGAGCCUGAGGAGAAGAACGGCAUCGUCACUGGUUACACCGUGUGGUGGGAAAUACCCGACGUAAAGGCAAGUCGCGAGGAACGCUCCUUGUCCAACGCCACGCUGCAGUGCCAGCUGACGGGGCUCACCUCCACCACCGCGUACACGAUCCAGGUGGCCGCAGUCACCGCUGCGGGACAGGGCGUGGUCACRUCCUCCACCAUCUCCACCGGCGUUCCACCAGAGCUUCCUGGUGCGCCUUCUAACUUAGUCAUCUCUAACAUCAGCCCUCGAGCAGCAACACUUCGCUUUCGCCCCGGUUCGGAUGGCAAAACCGCCAUAUCAAAGUGGAUAGUUGAAGGACAGGUGGUGAAGGAYGAUGGAAAAGAGGAGCCGUGGAGAGUCGUGUACCAAAAAGACAACCAGCCAAACACCGACACRCUGGAGAUCCCCAGCCUGACUCCGUUCACUCAGUACAGGUUUCGGAUGCAGCAGGUGAAUAUUGUUGGCUCCGGUCCAAUGAGCGCUCCCUCCAGGUUGAUCCAAACCUUGCAGGCUGCCCCCGACGCACACCCGUCCAACCUGAAGCUUGUCUCUGCCACACAGACCAGCCUACGUUUCAGCUGGAAGCCUCUCUCAGAAUCAGAGUACAACAGCAGUCCAGAUACCGUUGGCUACCGGCUCCGAGUAAGGAAARCAGACAGCGAUGGCAAGGACAGAACUGUAGACAUGGAGGGAGGUGUGGGCACCACUGAAGCCACAAUAGAAGAUCUGAGUCCCUGGAUCCAGUACCAGGUUCAAAUACAAGCCUUCAAUUCUAUAGGACCAGGACCAUGGAGCCCCUCUGUCUCAGCCCACACRGCUGAAUCUGUUCCAUCUGGAUCUCCGGUGAAUGUGACUGCUGAGGCAGUGAGUUCCUCCAGGAUCAUGCUCACCUGGUCCGCUCUUCCUCCAGCACAAAGGAACGGAGUCAUUCUUGGGUAUAAGGUGUUGUACAGGGAGAAAGACAUGGAAGGUCCCCCUAAAGUUAAGGUGGUAGAGGGAGAAGGAGUUUUGACACUGCUUUUGAGUGGCCUCCAAAAAUACACAGUGUAUGUGCUGCAAKUGCUGGCGUACACACAGCUUGGCGACGGCCCACCCAGCAACCCCAUUCUGCAGCAAACCAGAGAAGAUGUACCAGGUCCCCCAGUCCGGAUGGUGUUUCCAGAGGUUCGGCUGACAUCAGUUCGGGUGGUCUGGCAACCACCUACAUUGCCCAAUGGCAUCAUUUUAGGCUACCAAAUAUCCUACCGUCUCGACAGCAGGGACCCCCAGCGAUGGACUACAGUGGAAGUGGGCUCCAACGCUCGCCAGUUUACCGUCACCGGACUCUCCUCUGAACAGUCCUACAGGUUCCGCCUCACCGCUCGCACUGCCGUGGGCUGGGGUGAGCCUCAGGRAGCCCUGGUGAUUACUACUGAGCGCAGAGAACGUCCACAGCCACCCAGGAAGUUGUCCGUUCCUCAGGAUGAAGUUGAAUCUCUCCGACUCCAUCUCUACUGGGUGACAGGAAGCUCAGGCUCCUCUCCGCUCAGAUAUUUUACUCUGCAGCUAAAGGAGCUGCCCAGCGAACCCUGGAAGACGCACACAGCUGACAUCCCGCACAACAUGACCUCCUGGACUGUUGACAGGCUGAAGCCUUUCACGUCGUACAAGUUUCGGAUGUUUUCCACCAAUGACGUCGGGGACAGCGUUCUCAGCAAGGAGACGGAKGCUAUUACAACUCUGCAGGAUGUGCCUAAUGAGCCUCCAGUGAUACUAUCAGUGAAACCAACGACCACUACCUCAGUGUUGGUGCAGUGGAAGCGUCCGACCGAAGACAGUGUCAACGGGGUCUUGACUGGAUACAGAGUGUAUUAUAGAGAGCUCCCAAAUAACAUUUCCAGCCUCGCGGAAGCAGAGGGCCCGACAACCAAAAACAACACCACAAGUGCCGUYAUUACAACUAAAAGCACCUUCAAGACAGUCAGCAGCGCCUCACUCACYGAGUUUGAGCUGACACAACUAAAGAAGUUCAAACGUUAUCAGAUUGUAAUGACAAGCUACAAUAUCAUCGGAGAAAGCCCGCCUUCAGCUCCGGUGGAGGUGUCUGUAGGAGAGGCAGCUCCGUCGGUGGCGCCUCAGUCUAUCAAAGUGUCAGCCGUGUCUCCCUCCAGCUUGGAAGUGACCUGGGACAUGCCGCCCCUCGAGACCCAGAAUGGACUCAUCCAAGGAUACAAGAUCCACUACUGGGAAAAAGACAAGCAGAACCAGACUGAGAAGGUGAAGGUGAUUUUUGUUCCAGACACUCGUGUGCACCUCACAAAUCUGAGCAGCUACUCGUCUUAUCUGGUCACACUGACUGCCUUCAACACCGCCGGGGAUGGACCGCCCAGUGACCCCCGCGAGGCUCGGACCCUGCAGUCUGCGCCUAGCCAACCGAGCUACCUGUCCUUCUCUGAAGUGACAGGGGGCAGCGUCAAUGUCUCCUGGGGAGCUCCGCUCGCUCCCAAUGGACAGGUGGAAGGCUACAGGGCCGUCUAUCAGCCUACAGCUCCUGUACAAGGAGUGAGUAAAGUGGUGACCGUGGAUGUGAAAGGGGGCUGGCAGCGUUGGUUGAAGGUUCGAGACCUGAUCAAAGGAGCAACAUACACUUUUAGUAUCCAGGCUCUUACAGUGAGCUACGGACCACCGCUACAGGCAAACAUCACCGCUCAGCCUGUGAAAGGAACCCCUGGGUCACCCAUGGAAAUGUCCAUCACCAAGACGUCCUCCGACUUAAACAUCCAUUGGUCAGAGGGAGAUAUCGGUUCUGCUCCUGUGACUGGAUAUGUAAUUGAGGCCCGUGCCUCAGACGAGGGAAUGUGGGACUCCUUCAUCCGGCUUCUCCCUCCCAGCAGCAGGUCUGUGUCUGUGCCGCUGGAGCGUCUGAGGUCAGGGAUCAGCUACGAGUUCAGAGUCAUCGCUGUUAAUCGCUAUGGUUAUGGACAGCCAAGUACACCAUCUGUGGCUCUUGCUGCACUGUCGGAGCGUCCGUUUUACGAAGAGUGGUGGUUCCUGCUGGUUAUGGCUCUGGUUGGACUCAUCCUCAUUCUGGUCCUGRUCUUUACUCUGCUGCUGCACGGAAACAGCACCAAGUACAAGGCCUGCGGCACAGGGAAACACGCGACCACAGGGGAGGAGUCAGUGACUCUGGACAACGGAGGUUUCACUUCUCUGGAGCUGAACAGCAGAACGCUCAACACCAAGAACUCGUUCCUGAAAAAGAACGGAACCCGAUCUCCCCCCAGGCCCAGUCCGGGUGGUCUUCACUACUCUGAUGACGAUAUCUGUAACAACUAUAAUGGAGCGGUGCUCACUGAGAGCACCACACUCACUGAGAAACCCACAGAGGUCUCUGAGUCAGAGUUAACGGACAGCGACUACGAGGACGAGCAGCCGAAACACUCCUUCGUCAAUCACUACAUGAGCGACCCCACCUACUACAACUCGUGGAAGCGGCAGCCCAAAGGCCUSAAAGGGGUGGGGGCUCCUUUCGGCUACGAGGAGUGUGCCACCGCCGACACGGAACCCUACUACCAGACCGUGGUCACCCAGCACAGCACAGGUGGAGCGUACACGCCCACGGGGCAGCCGGCACACACACACGUCAACCCCAACACUAACCCGCCGGGGUCCCGCACCCCCGUGACAGGAUUCUCCUCGUUUGUUUGACUGUAGAGACAACGUUUGCACAAAGUAACGCACACGCAUGUGGAAGGAAGGUGUGUGUGUGAGUGUGUGUGUGGAGGUGGCAGGGGGAGGGGCUCAGUGUGUGCCUGGACUAAAGGAACUGAUGAAGCAGCCUAUCACGCACCCACCCCCAAAGAACUAAACUUAAGACUUCUCACUUCUGCUCCCCUCCCUGCCCCCCGUUCAUGAAGACCCUGUGUUCUGCGUGUGUGUUCUCUAAAUCUUUUACAUCUCUUUGUCACUGUGCUCACACACACACACAUCUACUGUCCUCAUUUCCAACAAACUCUCAACGGCGUUUCCCUCCAGAUGCCCACGUCCACUCCAGAGACUCUCCGAGGAGAGCCAGGAGCCACGACUGGAUUUAUCUGCGAGUCCGUUUGUGUUAGCGGCUCGGAGAAGACCACCCCGGAGCUAAGAGAGCUGAUAUUUCUGCACAAAACAUUUCUUCUGAUUUCUGUGUCCACACAUACGUGCACAAGUCCCCCCUCCACCGCCACCCUUCUCGUCCUCAUGCACUCUCUGAUGCACCAUUUCAGCAUCUGCUACAGAGAGAGGAGCUAAAGAAGUGAGCAGCGUUUGCUGACAGACCGCUUCGCGCACACAAACCCAAAGCUGUCAGCUUUCAACGAUCACCAGAGUAAUGAAGAGGAAAAAAACAGAUCACUAAUCAGCUUUGAAUUUUGAGAAAUUAUGAAGAGUGAACUGGUUGUUUUUUUUUAGCACUUACAGUGUUCUCAGUAAGAGUGUUGAGCAGUCUCUGAGAGCAACGUGAUGUUUGCAUUGGAAUAUAUGAAAACGUGUUGUUUGUUUUUUUACCGUGUACUGCCUGUUCUCCUUUUAUCGCAGCCUCCUAAGCCAUAAUGCUUGCACUGAGCCAAAAUCCCUGACCAUUUCACCUUUAUUUUUAAUAUAUAUAUAUAUAUUUUUUUUUUUUGUAGUUUUAUUUCUCCAAGUCCGAGUGUGACGCGUGCGCACACAGGCGUGUGUGUGAAACGGCUCCGUGCUCGCUGUAAGAAGCCCGCUCAUGCGUCCGUCGCGUUCACCGCAAAGCAAAGUGUGCCAUCGUGUGUGCGUUUGUAUUUUUAAGAUGACUUUUGUACAGCAAAACCCUUUUUACUCGUGUGCCGUUGUAUGUAGCUCUGUUUGAUCCGGAGCAAAGGAGCACAGCUGAAGGUUCAGCUGACGGAUGUGGGAGAAAAGGAGGCAAAGUUUUCACAAAAAUCAAUAAAAACAAGCCACAGUCACAGAGAGAGGUAGAAUGGUGCAGGUUUACAAGAUAUUUAAAAAAAAUUUUUUCUUGUUCUGCCUAUGUAUAAUUAAACUUUGAAUCAUGAARCGCCACAAUCUGAACCUUGCUCUGACUUCCAGGAACAAGCAGGCCAACAGUGACGUACUCUGAACUUCUCUUCAACUCCAARCACUCCUCCAAGUAUUUGCUCAUGUUUGAUUUGUAGGCUCCUUGGCCGGCCAGCAGCGUCCUUCACUCUGUCACGCUUGUUUUGAGCCUCAUGCAGUGUGAAUAAACGAUACCAUUCUAUAA